UCAGUGCCCGGUAAACAUUGGCGUGAGCCGCCGGCCCCGCCGUGCUGGCGGCGCCCUGAGGGCGGCGGGGGCCGGGGCCGGGGCCAUGGACGAGCUCAAGCACCAGGUGAUGAUCAACCAGUUCGUGCUGGCGGCCGGAUGCGCCGCCGACCAGGCCAAGCAGUUGCUGCAGGCGGCCCACUGGCAGUUCGAGACUGCUCUCAGUGCUUUUUUCCAAGAAACAAACAUCCCCUACAGCCACCACCAUCAGAUGAUGUGCACUCCCGCCAACACGCCGGCCACGCCGCCCAACUUCCCCGACGCCCUCACCAUGUUCUCCCGCCUCAAGGCUUCCGAAAGCUUCAACAGCAGUAGCCCCGUGGCCUCCAUGGCGACUUCCCCGCCGCCCCCGGCCCCGCCGCUGCCCCAGCACGGGGCCUUCAACCCCGCCUGGCCCACGGCUUCGCCGCCCGGGCAGCAGCAGAGCAUGUGGACUCCGGCCGCGCCGGCGCAGCCCGCGGGCUGGCCGGCCGCCGUCUCCCAGCAGGCCAGCGCGGAACAGAAGGCCAACGUGACCAUGGAGGCAGAGAGAUGAGGCCGCGGCGGAGAGUGGAUGCGGCGGGGACCCCUGCGUAUAAAAUAUAUAUAUUUUUUUUUCUCCCCCCCUCCCCAAAGAGGAGAGGAACUCCGCUGCCAAGGGCGUCUGGCAGCCGCCGAGACACAUGAGCAAAUAGCUGCCUUGCAUGGGUUUGGUUUGAAGUAGUUUUUACUUGUUCUCGAGCUGAAUGGAGCUCCCCAGAGACAGCGGGAGGCUGCGUGGGACCGGUGCCGGCCUCUGCCUGGGACCCUGAUGCUGCCAGACUCUUGGGGAGGGAGCGCCCCCUCCUCUCUUGGGACACCGGAGUUUGCAUGCCAGUGACAUUUACAGAGGAGGUCCCUUCCUCAUGGUCCCCUGGGCCACCCCACCAGGCAGAGUGGGUUGUGCCUGAGUGUUUCCCCUGCCCCAUCCCUUGGCCCCGAUCAACUGGGUGAGGGGCAGACACCCCAUGAGGCUUGUUUUUUGUAAGGGGUGGACAGAGCAAGGGCUGUUCCUGUGCCACCACAGCCUCCACCCCACACACACUGUCCUCGCUGGUGAGCAGGGCUGAGGGACACAGGCCCUUGGGGAGGCGUCUGGCCCCUCGUGGAGCCCCGGAUGGGGAGCAGGGGCUGAGCACUGGUGGUCCGGCUGGGCCAGCACACCCUCCCCUCAACCUCCCUGGAUGGGGCUUGCCCCGGGGCUGUUUUGCAUGACACAGUGUAACCCUAGAGACUGGGAUCGUUUUUAACCCCUCUGUUCUUUUCUCCCGGCGGCUGGAAGUCUCUCCGGAUGCACCGCAGCCGCUUGCAAUACACGCUCUUCUGCUUUGAA